CAACCCCCCACCAGCCCCGUACCACACAGGCUCGGAGCUUUUCCCGAGUAGGGGGAGAAACAGAAAACGAUACCUCAGAGCAUCAUCACCAUCGGAAUUUUCGUACUUGUGCCAAACGUUUACCUUGCUGGCUUUUACAUACCCUACGCACCAGGAAUUACAAACUAUACAACGCACGUGUGCCAAAUGAAGAAAUAGCAGCCGCUUCCUACGUUCCUCUAAAACCAAAGCCAGAGUGAAUUGUUGUUAUCCUUUACCUCGUACCCUGCACAACUUACGCCAGGGGCGGGGGAAUGUUUGCAUCGCAGCAAGCAGUUCGCACAGCAUCGAAGUACACUCAUCCGGAAGAGCGGAACAGCACAUCGAAGGAUUUGUCUUAGUGCCAUACUACUUUUUUUCUUUUCUUUUGUUAAAGAAAACGCGUAGAAGUCCAUAGUCCAACUGUACAACGAAGUGAUUUUCCCCGCGGGCAUACCAACCACCACGAUGAGCAGGCAGCACUCAGCAUGAGAUGGAGUACAGCAGACACCGGAACAGUGGGAUAGGCCUGUUCCAGUACCGCAUCCAGUAUUACCGUGACUACGACGAGGGCACGCUGCAACCGGCCGACGACAGUUGCAUCUAUUUGAAGGAACUAGACCACUACCGCACCAAAGCCAAAAUACCAUCCGACAGUGGCAAGAGCAACCGGAAGCUGCCGCUAUGUUAUCCGGUCGCGAAACCCGUCCCGACCGCACGCCCGCCCGCCGACACGGUCCCGCCGACAACCGAUGCGAAGCGGAGUCCGUCCAAGGAAAGGACGGCAGAGAUGACUGUUAGCGCACUACCGGGAUCGGUCAAGCUGGAAGUAUGGGGCCCAGAGAAAAAGGUCGUCAUCGAGAAGACGGAAAAGUCAUCCUUCGGGUUUAGUAUUGUUGGAGGAAAGGUCAAUGUGGGUGGCGAUGUUACGUCGGGACUGUUCAUCAAAAGCAUCAUCCCGGAAAGUCCGGCCGACAAGUGUGGCGAACUGAAGAUUGGCGAUCGAAUACUAGCCGUGAAUGAGAACAGUUUGGAAAAUGCUUCCCAUGAGAAAGCCGUCAAUUACAUUAAAACUGCCAACGAUCGCAUCGUCCUAGUGGUUCAGAGCCUGGAGCGCACCGUCAGGGAGCAGACCAAUCCAAUGGUGCUUCAAAAGAAAGUUCCGCCACCAGUAACGCCGUCGAAAACGCCCGAGGUGGAGUACAUCCAGGAUGGCAAACCAAAGAAACAACCCGUUGCAACACCGGAGGACAACAAGACACUUUCGGUGCCGAAAGCACGGCAAGAGUCUACCGAUUCCGAAAAUUCUUCCGACGAUGAGGAAGACAGCCGUGAGAUGGAAGGCAAAACCUUUACCAAAGCUGGUGUGGAGAUCGACCGUGCAUCGGCUGGCAAUACCAAGAUCGGCGAAGAGGACGCCGAGGAGGAGGAUGAUUACGGCUACACGAUGAAAAAGAUAAAGAAGCGUUACGCCGGGCUGGGCGAGGUGGACGUCUGCACGAUCUUGCGCGACAGUAACGAAACGUGCGGACUGUCGCUGUGCGGUCACCGGGACCGUACGCGGAUGGCUUGUCUUAUUGCGGGCAUCAAUCCGAAGGGUGCGGCCGCCGGAACAUCGCUCACCGUUGGCGAUGAAGUGCUGGAGGUAAAUGGAACCGUUCUCCAUGGGCGAUGUCAUCUGAACUGCUCGGUGAUGAUCAAAAACCUGGCCAGUCCAACACUUAAGUUUAUUGUGCUAAGAAAAAAGACAUCUCCGGACGAUAUGGCAGUAAAACCGGUGAAGCAUUUCCCCACCGAUAUUGACUAUACGGAUAAUAUUAUGGAGAAGUUUAAGGACGUGAAAACAAUCACCGUGAAAAAGGGCACCUCCAGCUUGGGCAUCAUGAUCAUCGAAGGCAAACACUCGAUCGCUGGUCAAGGCAUAUUCAUAUCCGAUAUUCAGGAAGGAUCAACGGCGGAAAAGAGUGGCCUAAAGAUCGGUGACAUGCUGUUGGCCGUCAACAGAGACUCGCUGCUCGGUUGCAAUUACGAAACGGCCGCCGGUUUGCUGAAGAAGGCGGAAGGCGUCAUUACGCUGAAGAUAUGCAAUCCCAACAAGGAGAAAGAGUCGGAGAAACCGGCCAACGGUACGGCAGUACCGGGCACGACGCCGAGCAAGAAAAAGCCGGAAGAGAUGGCAACGCUGGCAACGAGCCGGGCCGGCACACCGCACGGCACCAAGCCGGAACCGUCGCCUACGAAAGAGGUCAUCGACCCGCUGAAGGCACCGAUCAAUGACAAUGACUUCACCGUGAUCGAUAUUCCGACCGAGGGUAAACCGCUCGGCAUCAUUGUGGCCGGUGGCUGUGAUUCGCUGGUGAAGUCGGGAGCCGCAGUAAUGGACAUUCUGCCGCAGAGUGUGGUGGAGAAGGACAAUCGGUUGCAGAUAUUUGAUCAGAUAGUGGAAAUCAACGGCUUCAAGGUGAACAACACUUGCACGAGCGAAGCUAUCAAGCGCGCCGUCAAGCAGUUACACCCGAAGGUCCGUUUGGUCGUGUACCGUGCCAACCCACCAACGACGGAAACGGUCGAGGUGGAUUUGAUGAAAAAACCGGGCAAAAAUCUAGGACUGACGUUCCGUGCCGGCAAUCCGAAGGGCAUCGUCAUCACCAGCCUGGUCCCAGGCGGUUCGGCAGAGUUUGACGGACGCAUUCAGCUCGGUGAUAUCGUUUCGCAUAUCAACGGUGACAGCUUGGAGGCGGGCGGCAUCGAACAGUGCGCUUCACUGCUGAAAACGGCCCAGGGCAAGGUGGGGCUGCGCAUUUUGCGACCGAAGCUAAAGGAACGGUCGGUUUAAGUCUUGCUUCUAUGGGCAGUAACGAGCAGCACACCGUGGACAAACGACGGGCUUCGAGCGUGCAAUUGAUUUAAAAAGAGAGAAAAAAAAACCCUAGCGAUUUGUACAUAGAAUUGAAUGCUUGCAACAUAUGCUCACAACAUCUCACUCACCACACUACACUAUUGAUAUUUUUAGCCAAAUAAAUAUUCUGUUCUAGUAAUAGCAAAA